AUGGACUUGUUAGAGAGACCCCGUAAUUUGUCACAGUGUAAACGUUGGAAAACCAACGAUGAGGGCCGAAAAACACAUACCUCAAUUGAACAGAUAAAAGUCGAAUCAUCGAUCGAGCGGAUCUACGACCGGUACGAGCAGCUCGCCGCCCUAGAUCCGACACUGCCCAAGAUUAACCGCGAUGACCAUGCGCAUUACUUGCAGACCUCACUCGAGCGCUUGACGUCGUCGUACGAAAGUCUGGACAGUAGCCGGCCCUGGAUGGUGUACUGGAUAAUGAAUUCGGCCAGCAUACUGAAUCUGCGCUUUUCCCACGAGCUGCUCGACCGGGUGGUGGACUUUCUCGUGAAAUGUCGUGCCAAGGAGGGUGGAUUUGGUGGUGGACCGGGUCAGUAUCCCCAUCUAGCCACUACGUACGCAGCAGUAAAUUCGCUUUGCACUAUCGGAACGGAGAAAGCACUGGAAGCGAUCGAUCGACGCACGCUCAAACAGUUCUUUUGGUCGGUGCGGGAAAGUAACGGUGCGUUCCGGAUGCACGUCGGAGGCGAGCUGGACGUACGCGGAGCAUACUGUGCCAUUUCAUCGGCCAAGCUGUGCUCCUUCUCGCCGGAAGAGGAAGCGAAACUGUUCGAGGGAACGGCCGCCUGGGUCGCGGAAUGUCAAACGUACGAGGGUGGUUUCGGUGGAGCACCAGAUUUGGAAGCGCACGGUGGUUAUUCGUUCUGUGCUGCCGCGGCCAUUAUGCUGCUGGGUGGUGAGCAUAGGUGUGACCUACAUGCCCUACUAAGGUGGACCGUAAAUCGUCAGAUGGCAUACGAAGGAGGCUUUCAGGGACGCACGAACAAACUGGUCGAUGUUUGCUAUUCAUUUUGGCAGGGUGCACUGGUACCGAUCGUCCAAGGACUUAUCGCGCGUAAAGAAGGCCAGCAGCACAUCAUGAAUGUGAGUCUUUUCAAUCGUUACGCACUACAGGAGUACAUCAUACUCUGUUGCCAGCGACCUACCGGAGGUUUAGUUGAUAAACCUGGGAAACCAUCGGAUAUAUAUCACACCUGCUACGCGCUCAGCGGGCUGGCCGUUGCACAGCACUGUGAAACUCACAGCCCACCUUUGGUGUUGGGUAACGAGCUAAACGAAGUACUACCGACACAUCCGGUACACAAUAUUCCACCCAAAGCAGCACUGGAGGCCUACCGUUACUUCCUAGAGUUCGAUCAACCGGCAUCCGCUGCGGAUGAACGAUCCAAUGGGAAGAACGAAGACGAUGUGCCGAUGGAUGAUAUCUCCGAGAACGUGUCCGAACGUCAAUCAUCAUCAAACAUGUCGGAGGACAGUAGCAGUAACUACACAAGCAGCCGGGCAUCGGAAUUUUGA